GGUCGUAGCACAACCUUAAAUGAGGUGCCGCCGUCGCCGCCGAUGAUGCUGAACGGACGUGCCGCGUCCCCAUCCAGAACCAUCCCUGCUCAACACCUUCUCCGUUGCUCACCAUGGCGUCGUAGUUGUUGCCGGACCCAUUGCCACCAGAUAGUCACGGCCUCUUCGUAACUUCACUCCGUUCAUGUUCGUCGCCGCUCGUGCCACCCUCCCGCGGCUGUAACUCCCUCUCCCUUCCUCCUCUCACCGCAGGCCUCAUCACGCCCUCAUCACCCAUCGUUGCUGGUUCUGCCCGCUGUUGCUGGAGAUCGUGACCAUGGAACUCACGUCGUCGUCCUAGCGCUCCUCGCGAUGUUGCUGCUCCAGGGCGUCAUCCUCAUGUCAACGGUGGAGGGCCUUGUGUGGAUCAUGCAAGAAGCUCCACAAGUUCCUCAUCAAGAAGAUCAGGCAAACUGGUUGGAGGGAUCUUAUCAGAAAUGUAGCGGCGGACUACUCAUCUCUUUGGAGAGCGGAAACAGCCUUACUUUCCAACUUGAUAAGCGAGGUUACAAGUCACCUGAAGAUUAUCCUGGUACCUGGAAUCUCAUGUCUCAGGAGAAGAACAUGUGGUUCAAGAGGAGCCAUACAUCGAGGAGUUCGAUUCGAUCUAGGUGGCGUCUCCCAGUUGACUUUAUGGCAACAAGGAUGAUCCUUAGUUCAUUUUAUAUUUAUCUUUUAUUUUUGUAAAACUUCCGCUAUGUAAUAAGUACUCUGAUAUUAUUGUGACAUUUAGCUCUAUACACUCUGUUAUUAUAUAUGUUGUCUUCUUUGGCGCAUGUAUGAGAUGCACCCGGCUUUGUCCCUUAAAUCCGGGUGUGACAGAAGUGGUAUCAGAGGAAAUGUUGAGUGUAGGACGAAACCUAGAUAGAAAUGGACAAAUCUUUACCU